CAACUAGUUGUCAUGGUGACAAAGAUGGUUGGCUGAAUGACGUUAUCCUGCUUUUUGUGUUGACUCCGCCAAAUUUUAAAUAUUUUUCGCAACAGAAUUGUGUAUUUAAUUCUUAAAUACACAAAAGUGUGCACAAUGUGUAAAUUGUUAAAAUUAAAAUAUUUCUGCACCUACUGAAGUAAUAGUUACACUUAAAUGGAAAAAGUAAUAAAAAGAAGCCACGAGACGCUCGAAAAGUUUGAUAUCAAACUAAAAUCGAAACCGAAAGAUGGUGUCAUCCUGCAGCUUCAUCAUACAGUGCGAGGGUCGAACGGGGUGUGUCGAAGGAUAAGAUUUUCCUCCAGUACUUUCGACGAUCUGCACGAAAAACUAGCAUGCGCCGAUAACGUUGGUAACUUGUUCAUCUUAGACUUUUCCGAUCUGAAAUUUUGGAAACUCACCAGUGUCACCGGCCCAUGCACUGCGUUACAUUUUGUACCAAGCCGCGUAGACAUGCUAGUAGUAGCUGCAGCCAAGAAAUUCGCUGUAAACUUCCUAGAUAUUGAAACUGGGAACAUAUCACUUACUCUGACGGGUCACACAGCGCCAGUUAAGAACAUUUCUUUUUCAAACAACAAAUCAAAUAAUUUACUAACAGCAAGCACCGUGGAAGCAAUUUUAUGGGAACAAAAUAAUUACACCAAGUAUUUUACUCUUAACACCUACCUGGGAGCUCAUAUACAACAGAUCACAUUUGCUCCUGGUGGCGAAUAUCUCGUAGCUUGUUUUCAAAACGACACUAUACAGAUUUGGAAGCACGAGAGUAUGAAAUCUGUCAAACAAAUCAUACCAAAUGAAUUGAAACACGUAAAGAAUGUCGCAUUUACGAUGAAUGGUAGAGCAAUGGCAAUAGCAGGUCUAACAGCCACGUUGAUUCUCUUCAGCAUGGACACUUGGAAAGGACUGAAAUCAAUAGAUCUGUCAAAAUAUGAUAUAUCUGGAGCACAACAAGUGGCAUUCGUGCCACAGGUUUUUGAUGGUGGUGCAAACAAAAUUCUAGCAAUUUUGAGCAGUGACUGUGUCCUUUACAUGCUAGACUUAGAAUCAAUGACUGUUUUACACAGCAUACGUAACGAAUCAUCAGGCAUUAGAAAAUUUGUUGUAAGUCCUACGGGCAAAUAUUUCUUGUGCAUUUUACAAUUAGGAGAAGUUAAUAUUUACAACACGUCGUAUGUUAUGGACUUGGCUUCCAACAAUACAUGUGAUCAGCCCAAAAACGACCUACCUAGUACUUCGGCACAUAAAUGUAUGCCAAUAGAAACACCUCUAAAAACUGAAAUUGAGCAUAAAAUGAGAAUAUGUAUGGACAGCGCACGGUUAAGAAGAAUUCUAAUGGAAUACGGUGAAUACCCUGACAAGUUCAGAUCGAUAAUUUGGAGAUCACUUCUCAAUACGCCAAGAAACAGAGAUGCUUAUUCUUCUUUAGUAGAUAAAGGUAUACAUCCUGUGUACAAAGACAUUGAGAAACAGUUCACCAUACAUAGUUCUACUACACUUAAAAAUUUGAAAAGGUUACUUUCAUGUCUAGCGCAUUGGUGUCCAUUAUUUGGAGUGAUGAAGUUUCUACCAGGAUUUGUAUUUCCGUUUGUGAAAGUUUUACAGAAAGAUCCACUUUUGUUAUUCGAGUGCGUGGCGACAGUGCUUUUCAACUUUUGCCAACUGUGGUUUGAAUACGCGCCUUUUCCACCAAUCAGUAUUUUGUCCAUGAUAGAAAAUAUACUUGGGGAGCAUGAUCCUGAACUCCUGAAUCAUUUCUGUGCGAUCGGCGUUACGAGUCAAGUUUACGCUUUAAAAAUACUGGAGACGGCAUUCAGCGAAAUUUUAACUUGCUCGGAGUGGUUAAUUCUUUGGGACCAUAUUCUGAGUAACGAACCGGCUUUUAUCCUGAUGGCCGUUGUGGCCUACAGCAUUGUGCAGAAAAAUGCCAUCAAAAAACUACAAAGCCAUGAACAAAUUGAACAUUUCUAUCAUAUGCAAAAUCCUAUUUGCAAAAAAGCAUUCCUCAAAAAAAUUUACGUCUUGGUAAAUGAAACACCUGACGAGAUACACCCAAGAAAGUUCUUCAAUAGCUUUAUAUCAUUAGAAAAGGGUCACUGCUACCAACAAUUCACUGGUUACCCGAAAGCAACGAUUUGCUUAAAGUUAGCAGAAAAGGAGAGGAGACAAACACAAAGAAACAAAAAAAGACAAACACUCAAAGAUCUGACAAAGAAAAGUUUAGAGAAAAUCAUCAACGAUCAAUCAAAACCAGAAAGUAAAUCUGACGUAAGUGACGACGACGAUAGUAUAGAAAACGUUUAUGUAUCAGAAAGAUACACCAAAAAACCAAAAGAUAGAAAACUUGUUAAUGACGCAGGGACAGGAGACUCUUCUAGAAAUAGUGCCAGAGAAGAAUUGUUAAGAAAUGUUCUAUUAUAUCCUAAUAUCGUACAAAGGUGCAAACAUCAUUUUGAUCCGAAGACCACAAGAGACAGAAAGAAAGACCGGGAGCCUCUUAGAUCAUCAUCGAAAAUAAAGAAAAAAACUAUUGACAAAAGGACUGAGAAUUUAGAGAGAGAAGUUGAAAGGUUAAUGAAAACAUAUAGUCCAAGUGAUAUAUCAGAUCAGUGA